UAAAUACUAUCCCCACUGACACCAAAACUUCUUUCUCAUCAUUCUUGAAUUUCGCCUCUUCAUUCUUUAAUUUUCUAUCCAGGAAGUUAACUCCAUAGUGGUCUCUAAGUUAUCUAUACUGAAAGGUACCAUAAAAUCAAAUGGGUUCAUUCCAGACACCAAUUGGAAUGAGAAGCUCCACAUUGCUAGAGACUUCAUGUGGAUUCCUGCUACAGGAAUUGCAGAUCAUAUGGGAUGAAGUUGGAGAAGAUAAGUUCGAAAGGGAGAAGGUUUUGCUAGAUUUGGAGCAAGAGUGCCUUGAGGUUUACAGAAGAAAAGUUGACAGAGCAAAUAUAUCUAGAGCUCGUCUGCAUCAAGAAUUGGCUGAGGCUGAGGCUGAAUUUACCCACCUUCUUUUGUCCCUUGGUGAAAGAUCUCUACCUGGACGGCCAGAAAAAAGAGCGGGUACACUAAAAGAGCAGCUAGAUUCAAUCACUCCAGCACUUCAGGAAAUGCGUAUGAGGAAAGAAGAUAGGUUAAAACAAUUCCGCGCCGUGCAAGGUCAAAUUCAAAAAAUUUCUGCAGAAAUUGCAGGUAACUCGGACAGUGAACCCUCAACCAUUGUAGUAAACGAGAAUGAUCUUUCACUAAAAAGACUAGAGGAGUAUCAGAGUGAAUUGCAAAGACUUUACAAUGAGAAGAAUGAAAGACUUCAGCAAGUGGAGAAAUAUAUCGACAUGAUACACAGCUUGUCCACGAUCUUGGGAAAAGAUUCUUCUGCGAUCAUCAUGGAAGUUCAUCCAAGCUUGAACGACUUGUGUGGAAUAACAAAAAAUAUAAGCGACACUAUUCUGGAUAAACUCAAUACCACAGUGGAGUCCCUCUUUGAAGAAAAGCAAAAUCGGCUGGACAAGCUUCAUCAUUUAGGCAAAGCACUGUCAAAUCUUUGGAAUCUUAUGGAUACGCCAUACAGUGAACGACAAUCGUUUUCCCAUGUAAUCAAUUUGUUGUCAGUCUCAUCUGCGGAAGUAACAGAUCCAGGAAGUCUUACUCUAGAAAUAGUUCAGCAGACUGAAGCUGAAGUAAAGAGAUUGGAUCAACUAAAAGCAAGCAAGAUGAAGGAGCUAUUCCAGAAGAAGCAGGAGGAACUGGAGUUGAUAUGCAAGAAAUCACACGUGGAGAUUCCUUCACGGGCAGAGAUGAACAAUAUAAUUAACCUCAUAAACUCAGGGGAGAUUGACCAUUCCGAUCUCCUCAUGAGCAUGGAUGAACAGAUAUCAAGAGCAAAAGAAGAGGCAUCUAGCAGGAAGGCUAUAAUGGAGAAAGUGGAGAAGUGGAUGUUAGCACGUGAUGAGGAGCGCUGGCUAGAAGAAUAUAGCAGGGAUGAGAAUCGAUACUCAGUCAGUAGAGGAGCUCACAAAAACUUGAGACGUGCUGAACGUGCCCGUAUAAUGGUCAGCAGAAUGCCAGCUAUGGUAGAUUUGCUAAUAAAAAUGACCAGGAGUUGGGAGGAAGAAAGAAAUAAAAUUUUCUUGUACGAUCAGGUACCUCUAAUGGCAAUAUUGGAAGAAUAUAAUAUACUAAGGCGAGAAAAGGAGGAGGAUAAGAAAAGACAGCAGCCGUGGGAAAAGAAAAAGGUUCAAAACCAAGCAGUCAUUGAGCGAGAUAUUACUUAUGCGUCUAGACCAAGCACCGGCAGUAGGCGUCUUCCAAGUCGAAACCUGAAUGGAGGUCUAGACUCCAUGCCCCUGAACAGAAGGCUUUCUAUGAGUAUCCAACAGCUGGGAUCCAACAGCAUAAAUUCAGGAAAUCAAGGCAUAGCAUUCUUUAAGGAUGGAAGGAAUGUACAAAGAAAAAAGAUUUUUGGUGAACCUGGCUUCGCUUCUCAUACAAGAGACGAGACAUCUUCUAUGGUGUCAACACACGCUGGACCUUUUUCUCCUUAAAUUUCUUUAUUAAAAACAUAGAUUUUGACUGAAAAUACUUUAUAAAGCUUGCUUUCCAAGAAAACUGUUGUGGACCUGCAAAAGAAUAAGUUCAAACACACCGAGCAUAGGAAUUUUUAUGUACUUAUGUUUAUGCGCUUAAAUUUGCCCAAAUGGAUGAGAGCUCAUACUUGAUUGAUGUCAGCUGCAAACAGAUUAAAUUCUUGACUCAUUGUUCUAUUUACAAUCUUGUAUCAUACAGUGUUUUUGCUC